GGCGACGUCUAGGGUGUCACAUUUACCAGCCUGCAGCAAAUCCGUGAAAGCAGCACGGCAAAGAGCCGUUUGUAUUCCUCGCGCGGCGUCUCUCCGCGGCCAUGGUAACACUGUCCUCAAUGCUGGACAUCUGAUUAAAAAGCAUACAAGCGAGGGCUUUUCAUACAGCUGUUAUUAAGCAUGAAUCUGUCAGACAUAUGUGAUAACGCCAAGAAGGGCCGAGAGUACGCCUUGCUUGGGAACUAUGACUCCUCCAUUGUGUACUACCAGGGCGUCAUUCAACAGAUCCACAAGCACUGUCAGUCCCUCAGAGACCCUGCACUUACAGUCAGAUGGCAACAGGUGAGUCCCGUGGUAUAUCAGUUACUGAACCUGAGACUUCAGUUCAACUGUACAUGGGACUUAAUCCUGGAUGAAAAGCUUUCCUUUAAUGUCAACGGCUGUUUUUUGUUCAAGCUUAGUAAGGAACUGACUGAGGAGUGCGAGCAAGUGAAAACUAUCAUGACAACGCUGGAGAGCUUUAAGUCAGAGAAGCCGACUGACAUCCAAGCCCUGCAGCCGGAGAAGAGAGUAGAUCCAGCUGUGUGGCCCCCUCCCAUCCCUGCAGAGCACAGGAAUCCUGUUCCAGUAAAGCGGCCCAACAGUGGAGUGAAGCAGCAGAGGAAAGAGUCCCCUGGCCUGCAGCAUCGAGGGGCAGGGCCGGGAGGCCAUGCUCAGGCCAGCGCUAAAGCAGACCGGCCGGGAUUCACAAAAUGCAAAGAUGAUAAGGGAAAGAGAGGGGGAGAUGUGCAGGGGGAUGAAGGGCAUAAGAAGUUUGAUGGCACAGGAUAUGACAGUGACCUGGUGGACUCGCUGGAGAGAGAUAUUGUGUCCCGUAACCCUAACGUGCACUGGAAUGACAUUGCUGAUUUGGAAGAUGCUAAGAAGCUGUUGAGAGAAGCAGUGGUGUUGCCGAUGUGGAUGCCUGAUUUCUUUAAGGGCAUUCGCCGCCCAUGGAAGGGUGUAUUAAUGGUCGGCCCUCCAGGUACGGGGAAAACCAUGUUAGCCAAAGCCGUGGCCACAGAAUGUGGGACCACUUUCUUCAAUGUGUCCUCCUCCACGUUGACCUCCAAAUACAGGGGCGAGUCGGAAAAACUUGUCCGUCUGCUGUUUGAAAUGGCCCGAUUUUAUGCGCCAACGACCAUCUUUAUAGACGAGAUCGACUCCAUCUGUGGCAGGAGAGGAACAUCUGAUGAACACGAAGCCAGCCGCAGGGUCAAAUCUGAACUUCUUAUUCAGAUGGAUGGUGUUGGGGGAGCCCUGGAGGGUGACGACCCCUCUAAGUUGGUGAUGGUCCUGGCUGCCACAAACUUCCCCUGGGACAUUGAUGAAGCUUUGCGACGACGGCUGGAAAAGCGGAUAUACAUCCCUCUGCCCUCAGCCGUGGGUCGUGUCGAGCUUCUAAGGAUCAACCUGAGAGAGGUGGAUUUGGCUACAGACGUAAAUCUGGACCUCAUUGCUGAGAAGAUCGAGGGCUACUCUGGAGCAGACAUCACCAACGUCUGCAGGGACGCCUCUAUGAUGGCGAUGCGUCGUCGAAUCCAAGGCCUGAGCCCAGAGGAGAUCCGAGCUCUGUCCAAAGAAGAGCUGCAGAUGCCCGUGACCAUGGAGGACUUCACCCUGACACUUAAGAAGAUCUCAAAGUCUGUUUCUGCUGCAGACCUGGAAAAAUACGAAGCCUGGAUGGCUGAGUUCGGGUCAGUAUAGAGAUCGGAGUGAGCGCUUGUAUUUGAACAAGCCAAAAAAUCAGGGAUCAAAAAACUUCUUGAGGAGCUCAUGUAUUUAUUGCUGACUGAACAAACUUGAACUGAACCUCAAUAUUGUGGUAGGUUUAGAAUAAAGUGUUGCACUGGCACACGGUGCAGUAUCUUUGUCUUUUGACUGAUUGUCUGUUCUGUUCUGUUAGGUUUUAUGUUGUGUUGUUGGUUUUAAUAUCUGUUUUUAAUUAAUGUUAUGUUUCAUUGAGAAAAACGUAUGUAGUCAUACUUUUAAAAAAAGGACAUGACCACUGGAACCGUGAAUUAUUUUUUUGUUUGUUUGUAUAUUUGUUUGUUUAUAGUUAAAUUAAAGAAGAUACUUACCUCACCAAAAA